UCAAAAGUAGGAGGCCACAAGCUGUGGGGAAAGGAGGGACUUGGAGGAUGCUUAAAUAGCAGGCAUGCUUUCUCCAGUCAGUCAGCAGCUGAUCCAGCUUCCAGUCACCAUGAAGGCUCUCCUGACUCUGGGGCUCCUCCUGUUUUCUGUCAGUGUCCAGGCCAAGGUCUAUGAACGCUGUGAGUUUGCCAGAGCUCUGAAAAGAAGUGGAAUGGAUGGUUACUAUGGGUUCAGCCUGGGAAACUGGAUGUGUGUAGUUCAUUAUGAGAGCAAUUAUAACACAACUGCUAUAAACUACAGCCCUGUAACCAAAAGCAGGAACUAUGGGAUAUUCCAGAUCAAUAGCCGAUACUGGUGUAAUGAUGAGAGAACCACACAGGCAGAGAAUAUUUGUAAAAUACCAUGCAGCGAUCUGCUGCGGGAUGACAUCACUGAAGCCAUAAAAUGUGUGAAGAAGGUUGUGAGGAAUAUCCAAGCUAUUCCAGCAUGGGCGUCAUUGAAGGCACACUGUGAAAACCGAGAUCUGUCCCAUUACACUCAGAACUGUGGCUUAUAA